CUUCUUCCCAAAAUCUCUCAUUAUCGAGUUUAACCAAGGAAGGGUCUUAAAAACUCCUGCCUUUGAAAUGCUUUGUCGACUUGCGUCACAGCGUCUUAUCGAGGUCCGUCAAGCUUUCCGUCUAUCUUCUCAGGUGUAUCGAUCCUUCUCCACUGCCUUGAACUAUCACAUUGAUGGCCCAGAUAACAAUCCCGACCUUCCAUGGGAAUUUUCUGAGGCAAACAAAGCAAAGGUCAAGGGGAUAUUGUCUCAUUAUCCAUCUAACUACAAGCAAUCUGCUGUAAUACCUCUGUUAGAUCUUGCACAGCAGCAGCAUGGAGGGUGGCUUCCUGUAUCAGCCAUGAAUGCAGUGGCAAAGGUUGUGGGAGCUGCUCCUAUUCGCGUGUAUGAGGUUGCAACUUUUUAUUCAAUGUUCAACAGGUCAAAGGUUGGCAAGUAUCAUCUAUUGGUUUGUGGCACAACACCAUGUAUGAUAUGUGGUUCACGAGAAAUUGAAGGAGCCUUAUUGAAACACUUGGGGGUUGAGCGCAAUGAGGUAACAAAGGACGGUUUAUUCUCGGUUGGAGAAAUGGAAUGUAUGGGAUGUUGUGUAAAUGCUCCUAUGAUUGCAGUUGCUGAUUACACCAAUGGAUCUGAAGGAUAUACGUAUAAUUACUAUGAAGAUGUUACUACGCAACGAGUUGUUGAGAUAGUUGAGAUGUUAAGAAAAGGAGAGAAGCCACCGGUUGGCACCCAAAAUCCUAAACGUAUCAUGAGUGGACCUGAAGGAGGAAAUACCACUUUGCUAAGUGAUCCAAAACCUCCCCCUUGCCGAGAUCUUGAUGCCUGCUAAAGUAUGGAGUUUUCAUGUUCCUGUUGAAUUUUUUAAGCUCAAGCAGCCAUUUUUUUUUUUGUUUUUUAUCUGCCAAUGUAACAUCUGGUGGAUUUUCCUUGGAAUUUCAACUUGGUAUAAAUUAUUAGAUCACGAAAAUGUCUCUGUACCGGAUGAUUGAUGUCACUGUUUUGCAUAAAAAUUCUUUGAUGGAAACAAAGCCAUAAUUGUGGCAUUGGAAAUACCUUAAUCUUCUUUUAAGCUCACAAAAUGCCAGCAUGUUGUGUGAUAAAUUUGAACACAAACUGUUUGACAGCAAA